AUGAACAUCAGUUUGCGGUCCAGUCAGUCCUCUUAUGGGGACCCUCGAUACCUUUCGACCGUCACGGCUUCUGAUGGUCCUUCGCCGCUCUCCAAGACCCUGGUGGACGGUUAUCGCGAUGCUCUUGAUCCUCAACCUGAAGACCGGUCGCGGUUCAAUCCGGCUAAUCAUAUUCUCUUUGUGAUCCAGCUCAACCCGAGUCACCCGCGGAGCUCGGCUCUCCUGAACGCCAACGACCCCGUAACCAUGUAUCUAUUAACGGAGACCGCCAUGGGAGACAGCAUGCACUACGAAGUUCUGUCGUUCGAGGAGGUGGAGGAACUGAAAAAGGAGCGCACGGUGCUGUCUGGUCGUAUUGAGGGCACAAAGCGGAAAUUGACGCUGGAGACGAAGCUGCGCGAUGCCGCCCAAUCCAUCGGCAGACUGUACAGUCCCCCCAGUCCGCGAAGCAGCGGGGAGUUUGGUGCCAACGACACUUCCAAGUCGCACCGAAGGAGCCGCAGCAUCUUCGGGCGCAAUGGGACCGCGGAAGCCCUCGACAGGAGCGACUCCGAGUUGGCGGUGAGCCAGCGGCGAUGUGAAGAAUUGGCGCAAGAGCUGUGGAAGCUCGAACGAAGGACCCAGCAGAUCAAUCAGCGCUUGUUGGAGCAUACUGCAGGUGUUUUGCAAAUGACCCAUAAGGGCUUGAAGAAAGCCGCGAAGAACCCGGGUCCACGCGCUUCAACCAAUCUUUACGAUGGCCACGACUUUGAUGAUCGCAGCCUAUACCAGGCCUCAGAUCACCUGGGUGACUUUGGAGUCUCCGACAAAGGAGAUGUCAAUCGUCAGCCGGUGAAUGUCGAGGUCCUACAGACCACGGAAAGAAGGUUGGAGGAGCUCAAUGAGCGCAUGCGCAACAUGAUGAUCCAGUCCAACCCGGAUGAAUUUGUCGAUCUUCCGCCACAGUCAUCUGCUGAUGGCGGGCCAGUCAACUCGACAGCAAUGGUCGAAGCCCACAUGGCGUACCUUGAAAAUGGACUGAAUGCCCUUGGCUCGCGACCCCUUGCAAAUGAAGGACCUGCUGUGGGUGCGGGUGCGGGUGCGGCGAGAGAUCCUGAGUCCGAGGACGCGUGGAGGCAUCACCUCACUGAAAUUAACAAUCGGGUGCAGAGCAUUGUUGAUCGUUUCGGCUUGACUCGUUCGCCGACGUUGCCCCCGCCUCCCGAUGCAUCUCAGGGUGAGGGGCUGGAGGAGCAGCUCUCAUACCUUCAGACUGGUGUGGAUGGUCUAGAAAGCCGGGUGGACGGGCUACUCGAGCAGAAGAGCAUCCUGACCACUCAAAUCCAGCAGCAGCGCGAGCUUAACUCCAAGUCCGACGCUGAACGAGAUGCCCACAUCACUGACCUGACCGAACAGUUGGCGAAUAUGCGGAAAGAUCUCGAGGUGUCGGGGCGUGAAGGCAAGGCCAACCAGGAUGAGUUGUCUCAAGUCAUGGAACAGCUCGACUCUAUGCGCCACAACGGUACUUCUCAGGAGGAGGCCCGGGCAGCCCUUGUACAGGCGGAAGGCGAAGUUGCACGCUUGCAGAGUGUGGUUGAGUCACUGCACAGCGAGGUCGAUGCCCGCGCAGAAGAAGUCCGGGAGGCUCGCGACCGCGCGGACCAAGAAGUGGCACAGCUCGAGGCCACUUUACAGGAGGUGCGCAAUGAAUCUGAUGCUCGUGUGAAGGAGGCGCUCGACCAGCGCAGCCAAGCCGAGGAGAAUGCCAACCGCGUUCAAGGCGAGAUGACGGAGCUUGAGGGUGAAAUCGUGCGGGUCACGACUGAAUUGACCAUGGUCAAGGCAGAGCUCGACGGUGCUUACGGUACCCGAGCCCAGCGCGCGGCAGAGGUUGCUUCCAACCCCGAGAUCCAAAAGGAGAUCGAUGCCCUGAACACUCGCAAUAUCGAGCUCACCGAAGAGCUCGCUACGCUCAGAGGCCAGCAAGGUAACCAGCAGCGGGCCGAUACUCUGGAGAAAGAGCUUCGCGAAACUCUGGAUGACUACGAGGCCAUGACCAAGGCCAGCAUCGAAUUCGAGAAAGAGCGUGAGCGGUUCGAGAGUGUCAUCGACAAGUUGCGGGAUCGCUGCGAACAGCUCGAGACGCAGCUCAGCGAAGAGCGUAUCAGCUGGAUGAACCUCAGCAGUCCCACGUCCGUGGGCCGCGAUGGUACUUCGGAGACGACGUCAACCAUGGUCCUCAAGAACGAGUUCAAGAAGAUGAUGCGCGAUACCCGCAACGAGAAUAUGAAGAUCUUGAAGCAAGAAGAGCGCCGGCGACUGGAAGGAGUACUGCGCGCCCUCAGAAAGGAACAUGCAAAUGUAACUGGCAAGCCCAUACCCAGCCCGAUUGGCACGCCCUUAUGA